AUGAAUCUGCUGUUCAACAAUGAUGUCGUCGAAAUCGACAACCCCAAGGUCAAACGCGUCUACCCCAAGGUCUUUAAGCUGCGCUUCAUCCACGAAAUCCACCAGCGCCCGUCACUCUGGGACCCCAACGACAAAAUGUACGGCAACAGCCAGCAAAACCGCACGCACUACCUGGAGCUGUGCAACAUCAUGAACAACGAGUUCAAGGACCUCGACCCGCUCGAUUUCGCGUCGAGCAAGAAGCUGUUCAAGAAUAUGCGCGACAUGUUCAAGACGCGCUUCACCGAGUCCAGGGCGACAAACGCCCCGCCAAAAUGGGAGUACUACCAGGCGCUGUCAUUCCUCGCCGACAGCUUCGAGGGCGACAUCCCAAUGAGUUACGAGAUGAAAAUGGACCCGCUCGCUCUAUUCCACAAUGUCUUUGCCAAUACGACGAAUAAUGGAGGCGUCGAUUUCGAGAACGGAAGAGGAAGAGGAGCUUCCAAUGAAUUGAUCUCGAACGAUGAGCAGGAUCUAUCGCUCUUUCCGGGAAUUAUGGGUGACGACAAGCUGAGCGCGCGUCGCCUUCGCCAAGACGAAGAAGAGCGAAUGCUUCGAUUCCAGACCCUCUUCAAUGCUGAUGCAAAUGAUGCGCUGGAUGAGGAUGGCGGCAUUAAUGGCGAUCUCGACGAGUCCCCAACGAAGCGCAUGCGACUCGAGGAUUUCCUGGAAAUGACCGAAUCCUCGGCCUCGACGUCGACGCCAGCGCGAACGCCGGCAACCAAGGCGAAUGGCAGGAAGAGCGGCGUUGAGAGAGUGUCUGCUGCGCAGUCGAUAGCCGCAGAGGAUGACGAGCAGAAGACGUUGGACAUCCUGCAAGCCCUCGCCCAAUCCACAUCUACCGCAUCACCAUCCACAGGCCCCUCAAAGACUUCCAACAAUCCUCAACCACCCCUCCCGCCCGUCAUCUCCUUCGUUCUCGACAAGUUCAACCAAUUCUACAAGAAGUCUCCCCAGUUGGCGCACGAAUUUGAGAACGAGCUGCUGCGCAUCGUGAUCACGUUCAACUCGAAGCCGGAGGAGGGCGCCGAA